AUGCUCUCUUCCAUCUUUCAAAGCCUUGCUUUAGCCGGUUUCUUGACUGUUGCUGCUGCUCAUGCUGGCCAUGAUCACCACGAUAACAGCGCUAUCGGCCAAAUCCCAUUAUCAGGUCCUAAUGAAAUGCCUGUCAUCUUCAAUCGUCCCAUCUUGGAGAAGGGCAGCUAUGUUCCCUCCUUUGCUGGUAUCUCUACUUUUGCCCAUUUACCUUACCUUCAAUGCUGGGAGGAAGAUGCCAACGAAGACUACGACAUUGCCGUCAUUGGAGCUCCUUAUGAUAUUGGAGUUACCUUCAGAACAGGUGCUCGUUUCGGUCCUUCUGGCAUCCGUGAAGGCUCAAAGCGUAUCAAGGGUUAUAACAAUGAGCUUCAUAUCAACCCUUUCAAAUCUUGGGCAAAGGCUGUGGAUUGCGGUGAUAUUCCUUUUGAACCGUUUGACAGCGAGCAUGCCAUGUCACAGAUCGAAUCACAUGCCAAGUAUGUUCUCUCUCGUCCAUCGCGUCCUACCCUCUCCAAACUCAAUAACGGCAUCCCUCGAUUGAUUACCUUGGGUGGUGAUCACACUAUUUUACUGCCUGUGUUGAGAGCUAUGCGUGAAGCCCAUGGUCGACCCAUCUCGGUAAUCCAUUUCGACUCUCACUUGGAUACGUGGGCUCCUGAGAUCUACAAUGUCAAAGCCAAGGGGUCCAAAUACAACCACGGCAACCCUCUUUACCAUGCUUCCAAAGAAGGGUUGACCACCAAUGGAACAUCAUUACAUGUUGGUAUUAGAUCUAGCUUGUACGAUAAGGAAGAUAUCGCUCGUGAUGAAGCAUUGGGUUACCGCAUGAUUAAGGCCAACGAUAUCUUCACUUUGGGUGUGGAAGGUAUCUCACAACGCAUCAGAGAGAUUUUGGGCUCACCAGAAGAUGCUUUGGUUUAUCUCUCCAUUGACAUCGAUGUCAUUGAUCCUUCCAUGGCACCUGCUACAGGUACUCCAGAGACAGGUGGCUUUUUGACAAGAGAAAUGAGAUACAUCCUUCGCAGCCUAUAUGGUUACAAUAUUGUGGGUAUGGAUGUUGUGGAGGUGGCACCUGCAUACGAUACUCAGGCUCAAUUGACUACCUUCCUGGCCUCAGAUCUCAUUUAUGAGACCAUGUCAAUGAUGGUGAAGUACGGUGAAGACCAUAUCUAG